GGCCUAAGAUAUUUCUCCAAGAUUGAACACAAGGACCUGUUACUUCUGAUUAGCCUUAAGCUGACUUAUAGCCAUCGACAGACCUCACGGAGUUCCAUUUUUUUUCUGCUUUAUACCGUUUCCUGGCACCGAAGUUGCAACCAUGUAUGGCAGUGCUCGCUCAGUUGGGAAGGUGGAACCUAGCAACCAGAGCCCUGGGCGUUCACCUCGGCUUCCACGGUCCCCUCGCUUGGGCCAUCGUCGAACCAAUAGCACAGGAGGGAGCUCUGGAAGCAGUGUUGGAGGUGGUGGUGGAAAAACCCUCUCAAUGGAGAAUAUACAGUCCUUAAAUGCUGCCUAUGCCACGUCUGGCCCUAUGUACCUAAGUGACCAUGAAAAUGUGGGUUCUGAAACACCAAAAAGCACCAUGACGCUUGGCCGCUCUGGGGGACGUCUGCCUUACGGUGUAAGGAUGACUGCCAUGGGCAGUAGCCCCAACAUAGCCAGCAGUGGGGUUGCCAGUGACACCAUAGCAUUUGGGGAGCAUCACCUUCCUCCCGUGAGCAUGGCAUCGACUGUACCUCACUCUCUCCGUCAGGCAAGAGAUAACACAAUCAUGGACCUGCAGACGCAGCUGAAGGAGGUGUUAAGGGAGAACGACCUCUUGCGGAAGGAUGUGGAAGUAAAGGAGAGCAAACUGAGCUCGUCAAUGAAUAGCAUCAAGACCUUCUGGAGCCCCGAGCUGAAGAAAGAACGAGCCCUGAGGAAGGACGAAGCUUCCAAGAUCACCGUCUGGAAGGAACAGUAUAGAGUUGUGCAGGAGGAAAACCAGCACAUGCAGAUGACGAUCCAGGCUCUCCAGGAUGAACUGCGGAUCCAGAGGGACCUGAACCAGCUGUUCCAGCAGGACAGCAGCAGUAGGCCUGGGGACCCCUGCGUGGCAGAGCUGACGGAGGAGAACUUCCAGAGGCUGCACGCCGAGCACGAGCGGCAGGCCAAGGAGCUGUUUCUGCUCCGGAAGACUCUGGAGGAGAUGGAACUGCGCAUCGAGACCCAGAAGCAAACCCUGAAUGCUCGGGAUGAAUCCAUCAAGAAGCUUCUGGAGAUGCUGCAGAGCAAAGGACUCUCUGCCAAGGCUACUGAGGAAGACCAUGAGAGAACGAGGCGGCUGGCAGAGGCAGAGAUGCACGUCCACCACCUAGAAAGCCUUUUGGAACAGAAGGAAAAGGAGAACAAUAUGUUGAGAGAGGAGAUGCAUCGGAGAUUCGAGAAUGCCCCUGAUUCUGCCAAAACCAAAGCUUUGCAGACUGUUAUUGAGAUGAAGGAUUCAAAAAUUUCCUCUAUGGAGCGUGGUCUGCGAGACCUGGAAGAGGAAAUUCAGAUGCUGAAAUCCAACGGGGCUUUGAGCACUGAAGAACGGGAGGAGGAAAUGAAGCAAAUGGAGGUGUACCGAAGCCAUUCUAAGUUUAUGAAAAACAAGGUAGAGCAACUGAAGGAGGAGCUAAGUUCCAAAGAGGCUCAAGGGGAGGAGCUGAAAAAGAGAGCGGCUGGUCUUCAGGCUGAGAUUGGUCAGGUGAAGCAGGAGCUGUCCAGAAAGGACACAGAGCUGCUGGCCCUGCAGACAAAGCUGGAGACACUCACGAACCAGUUCUCAGACAGUAAGCAGCACAUCGAAGUGCUGAAGGAGUCCCUGACCGCAAAGGAGCAGAGGGCUGCCAUCCUGCAGACCGAGGUGGAUGCUCUCCGAUUGCGUUUGGAAGAGAAGGAAACCAUGCUGAAUAAAAAGACAAAACAGAUUCAGGAUAUGGCUGAGGAGAAGGGGACACAGGCCGGAGAGAUCCAUGACCUCAAGGACAUGCUGGAUGUCAAGGAGAGGAAGGUCAAUGUUCUUCAGAAGAAGAUCGAAAACCUUCAAGAACAGCUACGAGAUAAGGAGAAGCAGAUGAGCAGCUUGAAGGAGCGCGUGAAGUCCCUGCAGGCUGACACCACCAACACUGACACGGCCUUGACCACGCUGGAGGAGGCGCUUGCAGAGAAGGAGCGGACAAUCGAGCGCUUAAAGGAGCAGCGGGACAGAGAUGAACGAGAGAAGCAAGAGGAAAUUGAUAACUACAAAAAAGAUCUUAAAGACCUGAAAGAAAAAGUCAGCCUAUUGCAAGGCGACCUCUCUGAGAAAGAGGCUUCACUCUUGGAUUUGAAAGAACACGCUUCUUCUCUGGCUUCCUCAGGCUUGAAAAAAGACUCGAGGCUUAAGACCCUAGAAAUUGCUUUGGAGCAGAAGAAGGAAGAGUGUCUAAAGAUGGAAUCUCAAUUGAAAAAGGCACAUGAGGCAACAUUGGAAGCCAGAGCCAGUCCAGAGAUGAGUGACCGGAUCCAGCAGUUGGAGAGGGAGACCAGCAGGUACAAAGAGGAGUCCAGCAAAGCCCAAGCAGAGGUUGACCGCCUCCUGGAAAUCCUGAAGGAGGUGGAGAAUGAGAAGAAUGACAAAGACAGGAAGAUAGCUGAGCUGGAGAGUCUCACCUCAAGGCAAGUGAAGGACCAGAAUAAGAAGGUAGCCAACCUGAAGCACAAGGAACAAGUGGAAAAAAAGAAGAGCGCACAGAUGCUGGAGGAGGCUCGGCGGAGGGAGGACAACCUCAACGACAGCUCCCAGCAGCUGCAGGACAGUCUCCGUAAGAAGGAUGACAGGAUCGAAGAGCUGGAAGAAGCACUCAGAGAGAGUGUGCAGAUAACUGCAGAGCGGGAGAUGGUGCUAGCACAAGAAGAGUCAGCCAGGACCAGUGCUGAGAAACAGGUGGAGGAGUUGCUGAUGGCCAUGGAGAAGGUAAAGCAGGAACUGGAGUCCAUGAAGGCCAAGCUGUCCUCCACGCAGCAGUCCCUGGCAGAGAAGGAAACCCACUUGACCAAUCUUCGGGCAGAGAGAAGGAAACACUUAGAGGAAGUGCUGGAGAUGAAGCAAGAAGCUCUUCUAGCUGCCAUUAGUGAGAAAGAUGCCAAUAUAGCCCUCCUGGAGCUUUCGUCCUCUAAGAAGAAGACCCAGGAGGAGGUCGCUGCAUUAAAGCGCGAGAAGGACCGGCUGGUGCAGCAGCUCAAGCAGCAGACACAAAAUCGAAUGAAGCUAAUGGCCGAUAACUAUGAGGAUGACCACUUCAAAUCCUCUCAUUCCAAUCAAACGAAUCAUAAACCCUCCCCAGACCAGAUCAUCCAGCCCCUCUUAGAACUUGACCAAAACAGAAGCAAAUUGAAGUUGUAUAUUGGACACCUGACAGCCCUGUGUCAUGACCGAGACCCCCGGAUUCUUCGCGGGCUCACCCCACCAGCUUCCUACAACCUGGGUGAUGGCCAGACAGCUUGGGAGGAUGAGCUGCAGAAGAUGACCCGGGAACAGCUUCAGAAGGAGUUAGAGAAGGGUGAGCAGGACAAUGCGGAGCUGCAGGAGUUUGCCAACGCCAUCCUUCAGCAGAUCGCAGACCACUGCCCCGACAUCCUUGAGCAGGUGGUCAACGCGCUGGAGGAGUCCUCCUGACCCCGUUCCCGGGUGGCCGGGCGCCCCGCGAGGACAGCGCGUGCCUUCACUGUUCUCCCUCCGCCUUCCCCGCCUUCCGCUAUGGGCCUUCUCUCGCUCAUUUACUCGAGUCUGGGCUGGGUAACGGGAUGGCCAAGCCCCAGUGAAGAACGGCCAUGCGGGCCUCCACAGUGGGCUGCGUGGGGGCUGCACCGCCCUGACCAGGGCGUGGGGUCCAGACCUGGAGUCUCCGUGCAGGUCAGCAGCUUGCGGGAAUGCUGCGUGGUGGCCUGAUGGCCCAGUGUGAUGUCAGUGUCCUGAUAUCACAGCAGGGUGCUUUCCCUGAGAAGGGCGAGGACAUCUCAGAAAAAGUAUUAAAAAAAGAAAGAGCGGGGGUCAGGGUGGGAAGAGUGUAGGACAGCUCUCCACUUCACCGUCUCUUGGAUCGCUCUGUCCAGGGGAGCCGCAACCGGCCUGGUGACCCCACUCAGAGGACUUACCCCGGCCUGGCCCGGCCUGCUCCAGCCCUCUGCCAGUUCACAGAGGGACAGUCCUCGUCUCCUGCUCAGGGCCUUUGGCCAUGUCGUACUCUGGUCAGAUGUCAGUAGGGUAAGAUGUGUGACAGGCAGCACCGUGGUCACCACCUGCAGCUUUGUGCCCGUGGACGAUGACCGUCCUUGGGGCCCAGCUGGUCUCCGUGAACAUCUCCCAGAAUGCCGCCUGCCUUCCCAGCACCCACAUCCCAAGCUCUUGCCACCCCGCGGUCACCUCCCACCCAGCUCUGUGCCCAGCUGGCCCUCGGAGUGCAGUGGCCGCCUGCCUGCCUCCUCCUGGCACACGGGGACGUUUCCUCUCCCACACGCGGUCCUUCCUCGUGCUCAGAGAACAGCCGUCAGAGGCCUCUGCGUGCACACCCUGCACACGGCCCUCGUCCUCUCCUCCGUGGUGGAUUCUGAGACGCACCAGGGUGAGUCGGGUGUGAGCAGACCUUCCUCCCUGCUUAACCACAGCAUCGCUUUUAGUCUUCCGGAUGGCCGUUUCCCGUUGUACCGGGAUCCGCGUUCAGGGCCGAGUUGGCCGCGGGAUCCCACUCACAGUGCAGGAUGCUCGUGUUUGCCGUCGCUGCCGGCAGCCAGCUGCGAAGGUCAGCGGGGUAGCCCCUCUCCCCGA